CGGGGCGCGCGCGCAUGCGUCGCGGGUCGGGCGGUCCCGACGGCCGGCCUCCGAGAGGCGGGCGCCGCUCAAUGCGGGCCGCGCCCGUCCGCCCGCCGGCCACGCGCAACGUCGCCGCCGCUCUGCGAGCCGCAGUGGCCGCCGCGCGCGGGAUCGGCCCGGCACAGACAUGCGGCGCAGGAGGACCGUGCGCCACACGAGACCCCGCCACGUGCCGCACCAGUGCGCCGCCAACGCUGUCGCCCGCGACGUCACCGCCACGCUGAGGCCGCGCUGCGUGCCCACGACAUGUCCGGACCCAAGAAGAUGAAGACAACCGGCUCUUCACGACGGGGUACCAGCGGGGGUGGAGGUGGUGGAGGGGGAGGUGCGGGUGGCAGCGGCAGCGCUGCCAACCACCUGGGCCAGGGCGCAGGCCCCGGCGUGGGGCCCCACCCAGCCAUGUCCGGUUCAAUGCCGGGUCCCGAGUGCGCGGGCUGCCAAAAGCCCAUCCGCGAGCGGUUCCUGCUCAAGGCGCUGGACCAACUGUGGCACGAGGACUGCCUCAAGUGCGCGUGCUGCGACUGCCGCCUAGGAGAGGUCGGCUCCACCCUCUUCACCAAGGCCAACCUCAUACUUUGCAAGAGGGACUACCUUAGGUUAUUCGGCACCACUGGGUUGUGCUCAGCGUGCAACAAGACCAUCCCAGCCUUUGAGAUGGUCAUGAGAGCACGCGGCAACGUCUAUCACCUGGAGUGCUUUGCCUGUCAGCAGUGCAAUCACAGGUUCUGCGUGGGCGACCGCUUCUACCUACACGAGAAUCGCAUUCUCUGCGAGUACGACUACGAGGAGCGAAUGAUCUUCGCUAACAUGCCGUACUUUGGCGGCGCCGGUGGCGCCGGAGGGAUGCCGGGUACUGCAGCCGGUGGACCGAUGGGCCUCAACCACCACCACGGUCCGCCACCGCCCGGAGUCGCAUCAGCCGCGGGGGGUAGCCUCGGGGGCCAGCCCAAGCGGUUGCCCGGACAGACACCGCCUGUGCCCGGACCCCCGAUGGCUGGCUCCGGUGGACAGGGAGCGCCCUCUGGAAGCGCGGGAGCGCCGCCUCCGGGACCUCUCGCCAACGGCACGGCGGGUCACCACAUGACGGACGGCGCGGACCAUCUCUCGGGUGGCGUCCACACCGUGGGACACCCUUCGGCGCACCCUAGCGGUCCGUACGGGAACCAGCCACCCGGCACAGAGUCCAUGCUCGAAGCCAAGUGAAACCAGACAUUGGUGCCGUUGUCUCGCGGGGGUCCCUCAAGAUAUCGUCGCAACGACGAGCUGGGCUGGUGUAAUGGAACGAUUCCUUUACCGAAAUUCUCUUUACUUCUUGUCAUCCGCCGCCGUAACGGGCCCACGCGGAGGACAAAGUGUAGGCGAGUCGUUACUGGAUUUCACUGACAAAGGGCCAAAAGGUUGCGUUUUGUAAUAGGAUAGAAGAAGGAUCGUUGCAUUAUGCCAACUAUGAAUGAACGUUAAUACUACGAGUUCUCACAUCUGAAGAAGGGAGGGUCCGGGAAUGAAACGGCCGCGUUAGCGUUAGUGUUUCUUUUGUGUUUUUUUUUAUA